AUGGCAGACUUCGGCGCCUACCCGCCCAACAUGGCGCCCCAAAACGCCCUAAUAGUCCGACAAGCAGCAGGCCCAGAUCACGCCGUCGUCCCCUACACAGCGGGAGAUCUCUCGCGGCCCUCUCAAGGUCCCGCCAACCCUUUCAAAGACGAAAAAGCUACUCUGAAACGCAAGAAUGUGCUUACAGGCUAUGCGGAGGAAACAUAUAUAAGCGAACAUGCCUUCAGGAGUCAACAUCAAGCUGUGGAGGGGAGAAAGUAUAUAGGAGGACAGGCGGAGAAAGACGAGGCGGCAAGGAUAAGAAGUAAGAGGCAGAAGAAGGGAGAUGCGAGUGUGGCGGAGGGCGAUAAUGCUUAUGUAGGCCCGUGGGCUAAAUACAAAGCUGUGGAGUAUGAGGAAGUUGGCGAAGGGGAGGAGUUGGCUAGUGAUGAGGAGUACGAGGAGGUUGAGGAAGAAGAGGAGGUUAUUGAGAGCGGUGCUGUGGUGCCCGCAUUACCGCAAGCUGUGGCGCGGAGGAAAGAAGCUGAAGAGAUAGGCGCAGAAACUAGUGUGUUCGAGGGGAGCGAGCAGUAUGAUUAUCAGGGAAGGACAUACAUGCAUGUCCCGCAAGACCUGGAUAUCGAUCUACGGAAAGAGGCGGGGAGCGCGAAGAAUUAUGUGCCCAAAAAAUUGGUGCAUACUUGGAAGAGUCAUACAAAGCCCAUUGCCGGCCUACGGUUCUUUCCUGGCUCAGGCCAUUUACUGUUAUCUGGAAGCGCGGAUUCGACGGUUAAGAUCUGGGAUGUGUAUCACCAAAGAGAGUUACUACGGACAUAUUCAGGUCACACGAAAGCCCUUUCAGAUUUAACAUUCAACACCUCCGGCACACAAUUCCUCUCCGCAUCCUACGACCGCAUGAUGAAGCUCUGGGACACUGAAACAGGCCAAUGCAUAAACCGCUUCACAACCGGCAAGAACCCGCACGUCGUGCGCUUCAACCCAAGCCCCGAGCAUUCCAACGAGUUCCUCGCUGGUAUGUCCGACAAGAAAAUCGUGCAGUUCGAUAUACGGACUCGCGAAAUAGUCCAGGAAUACGAUCAUCAUUUGGCCGCUAUCAACACGAUUACGUUCGUGGAUGAGAACCGCAGGUUUAUGACAACGUCCGACGAUAAGUCUCUCCGCGCAUGGGAUUACAACAUCCCCGUGCCCAUAAAAUACAUCGCAGAACCACACAUGUACCCCAUGACACGGGCCUCGCUACACCCUUCGGGCAAAUACGUCGCCUACCAAAGUUCCGACAACAACAUCUUCGUAUACGGCGCGACGGACAAGUUCCGGCAGAAUCGCAAGAAGGUGUUCAAGGGACAUAAUAAUGCCGGAUAUGGGAUUGAUGUGUCGUGUUCGCCGGAUGGGCAGUUUGUAGCGAGCGGGGAUACGGGGGGUUAUGUGUGCUUUUGGGACUGGAAGACGUGUAAGAUGUGGCAUAAGAUGCAGGCUGCUGAUGGGGCCGUUACGUGCGUGGAGUGGCACCCGCAGGAGAGUAGUAAAGUUGUUACGGCGGGGUUGGAUGGCGCGAUUAAGUAUUGGGAUUAG